GUAUUUAAAAAUUGACUUUGGAAGUAAUAAAUUUGAAUAUAUCAAAAUUCCCAGUUAUCUUUACUCCAAAAUGAGUGCAACAGAGGAACAAAAUUUCAAAGAAAGUCUGGAUAAGCUGCAAAUGAAAAGAGAACUUUCCAAGAACUUUCAGGAAUUUAGAAGACGUGAAAUUAGGAACCAUCCCAUGGAAAGCCGAAGUGAAGCUUUCCUAACCCGUGCGUCAAAAUCAGCUUCGGUUGUUGAUGACUCAAAAGGAUGGGAUUUCGCGCGCCUACCUGCGGGGGGAUUUCCAUGCAGCUGUCGGUCUAUUUCAAGGCGAUUUUUCGGUUUCGAGGAUGGAAAGCUGGUUGCAGUGGCGAACUCGACCCAAACAGCUUGUUGCCAAGAAAUGGGCACCCAAACGAAAAGGGAUACCUAUGAGAUCGCGCCACAAUGCAACCUGGCGCAGGAUCCUUCAACUCAGUCGAUGUUAGACCAGAGAGCUCCAUACCCUACAUCUUCCAACGUGAUGGCCACACAAACGCCAAAUCAAGAACUUCCGGAGUGUUCGUGCAAGAAACUAAAUAGCGAGGUCAAGAAAGACGCAUCCACGCAGUCUUUAAAAAAUUUGAAGAAUGUACAGACCCAAUCGAAUUUGAAUUUGACAAAUCCGCAACAUCAUCGAAAGCCAACGAAAGUCGUCAUCGCUGAAACGUCAACAUCGACUUCCCAAAAGUCUAAAAAUGAAAACAAUUGCGUAAAAUCUUCAAAGGAUAAGGGCAAAUCGCGGAAAUGCUUCUGGCAGCAUCCAAUAAUUGUGGUGAACAGGGAUAGUACUUCAACAGCUCUGCAGUUAAAAAGUACUAAACAUGGGAAGGAGAAAUCAGCGGUACGAAUUGAAACUCAUGACAGAAUCACUCAAUAUGAUAUACCUUCUGAUGGGGAUAGAUAUGAAGACAAGGGUUCACUUUACUCCUCUAUACCAGAAAUAAUAGAGAGGGUUGAUCAAUUAGAAUCCAAAUUAAGGAGGCAGGAGAGAUCUUUAAGGAACAUACAGGGGUCAAUAAAAUCCUGGCAAGUGCAGGAGAGAAAACCCACAGAUUGUAGGAUUUUAUUUCAAUCAAACCCCAAUGAUUGUAAGCCGCCUCCACCAAAAUGUAUCGAUGAAAAAUCCACUCAAAGUUCAGAAAGAUGUUUGACGGAACUAGAAAUAACCGCCGCGCUUAAAAAGCCCCUAACUUCUGAUCAAUCAACUCAGAAAAGCGAUGAACCUAGUUUCGAUGAUAAGACGUUAUCUCAGGAAUUUCUGGAAAUAUUUAUGAUGCCCAGAACAAAGUCCCCGAAGGACACCUUAAACAAGAGAUGUGCUUCUGAAACUGACACGCAAAGGGCCACCACAUCGCGGUGCGCACAGGAUGUUGAAACUUUCUUAAAACAGUUCGAUAAAGUUUUCGAAAAAAUUAACAGCCAAGAUUCCAUUUGUGCUAAUAUCAAGAAACAAGAGGAAGAUAAAUGCCAUCGUCCUUUAUCUUCCUGUUCCUUAAGCCCAUCGGCAAAUACUUCCCGGGAAGAGCAAAUCCUGAAUCUAGUAGAAAAACUUGUACAAUUGGCCUCGAAGUUCAAAAAGGAAUCUGUUGCCACUCGAAAACCAGCACCGUCCUGUGCGGAAAUUCGCAGUUCCUCAAGACCGUCUAGUUCCCGGAAUGCUCUGCCAAAAGAAAACUGUGAGCCACUGAUCCAGCAACUUGUACAACUCUUUACCAAGUCCCGGACGGUAGAAUCGAAGUCAGCUCAGAAACCAGUGGAAAAGAAAAGUUACUCUGAUCGUUUCAUGGCUGAGCUAACUAGCUUUUUCUCAAAACCCUCUGAACAGGAUUCAAAACCGUGCUCCAUAAAGGAAGAAGAAAAACAUAAUAAGGUAACCAUAUCUGGUGACAAGGAUGCUACCGAAGGUGGGACUCCUGCAGCCAAUUCCAGAUUUAAAUCCCUUUCAACCCAAUCGGAAAUUACCAUGUCUGACCUGGACAGCAAAGAUGGAAACAAUAGACCUUGUGCUAACGAAAGUAAAUCUACAUUCAGCGAGGUAAAUGGUUCCACUAUAUCCAUUCGAGCUAUGCCUCCAAGGGAGCAUCAUUCGAGUGGCUGUCAGUGCGGAGAUGGAAAACAACGACCCAUAGGUGAUAGUUUGAUUGAAAAUUUAAUGUCCAUAAUUGGGGGUCGGCCUCUUAGGGAUGUAGUGCUGACCAUAGUCAGGCAGGAGGGAAAUAUAUAUCAUCUGUCAGUCCGAGAAAUGGCCACUGGACUCACAAUUGGCUGUCUAUUGGCCAAUGGCAUCGCUAUAAGAGAAGCUAUCGCAUUGGGACUGUUCGAGGACAUAAACACAUUCUGCGAGGUGGACAAGCACAGAGCUACCGAUCCGCAGGAAUGCCCUCUGGGGGCAAAUGUGCACUUGGCCAAUCCCCGAGAAAGGGGAGGCGAAGUUCGGGGGGCGAAUGGAGAAGGUAUGUGCAUGGAUGGACGGGAGUUUGCCACGCAAGUGCUGGGACUACCAGAAGAAGUGGCUGUCCGAUUCUUCUCCCUGACCAAUGCCCUCAAACUAGCUAAGAAUUCUUCUGAGCUAAGCAUCCAGGACUCUGAGGAAUCUGACAGAUCAGCUCUGCCAUUUGGCAAGGGAGCAGUCACUGGUAGCAUGUUGGUUAUGAAUAAUGUGGAGAACGCCCUUGUGAGCUCAGAGUCCGAAUCGAACUGGAGGGAAUUGAGGGCUUCAUCAAGUACAUUCUUUCCCAUGACUUCUGAGAAAGACUAGGAAACUAGACAAGGUUAUUAUUUAAAGUAUCAAGUUUUCAAUUUGAAGUCUUUUCUUUUAAAAGCAUUAGUUUGUUGUUCAACAACAUUUUUACACUUUUUGUAAUGAUUUUUCUGAAUUUUUUUAUACAAAACAAAUUUAUAUUUCUGAAAAAAAAUAAAUUCAAAAGUAUCAAAAUUUAU